AAUCUGCACUGUUCAAGGAUGCUCUCGUUCAGAGUCCAGACAUCGUGCAUGCGCAGUCGUCUGUAGAGUAGUUUCGCUCCCUUAUUAUAUCCCCAUCCUCUCAAUGGCUACCGGCUCUCCCUCCUCUCUGUCCACUCCUCCUCCACUCCACGCCGCCGCCGCCUACGCCGAAGUGCCGCAGCCUCCUCAAAGAGCAGCAGUGAACGGAGCAAGCAGCAGCAGCUCGCGGCAGCAGAAGCUACCCGUCCAUGCUCAGCUCGAUGCAGUGCUCCUCCUCGCCGGCGGGUGAGUGCUCCAGCACGGCCGCGUCGAUCCACCAGCAAGCAAAGCUAGCCUCUAUCUAGCUAAUCGAGCCGCUCGAUCUACUCUCACGUGUACUAGACCACUAGUAGUAUGUAUAUAGCUAGCUAAUCGAUCCACUCGAUUGAUUCCUAUGUGUAACAGCAGUACGUAUGUGUGGGCGUUUGUAGCCGGGGUGUAUACAUAUACAUUUGAAUACUCGAAUACCUGGGGUGUGUACACAUACAUUUGAAUACCUGCAAACCACAAUACCUCAGAUUUGGCACUCGGCUUAUAAUGUACGAAGCUGGCUCUGGAUCCUCCGCUAACAGAGUUUGAUCACACAACUGGACCUCCAUCUGCAUAGCUGUUUCCAGUUCAUGCUUGUUCUGUACACCACCUGACCCCACUGCAAGUCUCGAGUAACCAUUUGUGUUCAAUCUCUACUGGAGAAAGCAAUAACAUGGACGAUGUAAGUAGAGCGCCAAGGGUUCUGUCGUUCCAGUUAUUAAACGAAAUUACAAAAAAUUUCUCUGCGGAUAUGAAAGUUGGCGCUGGUUCGUAUGGAAAUGUUUAUAAGACAUUGAGGUAUGCAUUAAUAUGUUGGAUAGGGAGAGCACAAAAAUGGGGAAAUGAUUGCUGUGAAGGUACUUCAUUCGAGUCUAGGACUUGAUAAUGAGCAAUUCGCAAAGGAGUAUGAGAACCUCGCGAUUUUGCAACACAAAAACAUUGUGCGGUUAGUUGGCUAUAGUCAUCAAACUCUGGGAGAAUUCAGACACCAUGAAGGAAGAACGAUUUUAAUUGAGACGAUACAGAGAGCGCUUUGCUUCGAGUAUAUGCAAAAUGGGAACCUUGACGGGUUUCUUUCUGAUGAAUCCAGUGAACAUGAUUGGCACACACGCUAUGCAAUAAUUAAGGGGAUUUGUCAGGGAUUGAAACAUCUUCAUGAAGAAUUGGAUGCUCCUAUGUAUCAUUUGGAUUUAAAACCAGCCAAUGUACUGCUAGAUGAAAAUAUGGUGCCCAAAAUCGCGGAUUUUGGCUUGUCAAGGAUCUUUGGAGGAGAACAAACACAAAUCACAAAAAGUGCUAUAGGAACACCUGGGUAUGUACCACCGGAAUAUAUAGACGCCUGUAUAAUCUCCAUUAAGUUUGACAUAUUCAGUUUGGGUGUGGUAAUUAUAAAGAUAAUAACAGGACCAAAGGGCUACUUCCGAAGUGCUGAAAUGUCUCCCCAAGCAUUCAUAGAGCUUGUAAGAGAAAUUGUUUCCUUUAUUAAGACCAGUAAUACAUAUUUCAUGAAUAAUACCCCCAUAGAUUUCGAAACACUACUGUGCUUUUAUGUUCCACGCUGGCAGGUACAUGCAGACUGGAAAAAUAAGCUACAAACAACACCAGCUUACAUGUUGGAGCCAUAUUGUAAACAAGUAAAGAGAUGCACUGAAAUAGCUUUAAGCUGUGUGGAUGCAGAUCGUCGCAAAAGGCCAAGUAUAGGGGUAAUCAUCAAUAUGUUGAAUGAAACAGAAGGAAAUGUUCAGCUGGUAAUCAAGAACAAGAAAAAGGGACCAUUGUUGGAGCAUAAACAAAAGGUGAUGCUGGAGCUCACAGGCAGCGACUACACCAGUGACCGGCCAGGACUGGACCUGGUGAUUGUCCUGGACGUCAGCCACUGCAUGUCGAGCAAGGAGAUGCACCAGCUUAAGACCGCCAUGAGGUUUGUCAUACAGAAGCUGAGCCACAUGGACCGCCUCUCUGUCGUCACCGAUGCCGCCACAAGACUCUACCCCCUGCGACAGAUGACCGAGGCCUCGCAGCAGGAGUUGCAGGUGCUCAUCGACGGCCUAAUAGCCUUUGGCGGUGCCAGCAACAUCAAGGACGGCCUACUGACCGGGCUCAAGGUCCUCGCAGAAGGCAAGGUCAGCACCGGUCGUGUAGUCGGCAUCAUGCUCAUGUCCAACGGUCAUAUGAACAUGAGCGACGUUACUCAGGUUAAUGUGGACAACGUGCCUGUCUACACAUUUGGUGUCGGAGCAGGCUGCAGACCUGGGGUGCUCGGUCCGAUCGCGGCCAAAAGCAUGGGGGGGACGUUCUCCCACAUCCAGGACACUGGUUAUGGAGGCCUGACCAUGGCUUUCUCCCAGUGCCUUGCCGGGCUGCUUAGUGUCUUGGCUCAGGACCUCGAACUGACGGUGGCACCCAUCAGAGAUGUAUCAAGAAUAAUGAAGGUGACCGCCGGGAGCUACCCGCAAACUCACGACGACGGUUCGGUGACAGUCAGGUUCGGCAACCUAUACAGCAGGGAAGUGCGCAACAUCAUUGUGGACCUCUCCCUCCCCGGAGUCGACUGCGAGUGCACUGCCGAGAUUCUCAAGGUGACAUACUCAUACACCAACAGCUCUUUAGAUGUAAUGAUGCGGUUUGUGGCGCCUUCCGAGAUGCUCAGUGUGUGGCGCACCAGUGUGGAUGUCUCAGACAUAGAGGAGAAGCCGGUGGAGUUACAGAGGGAGGAGGUCCGUCUGCAGGCGGCGAAAAUGAUCAAGACGGCGACAGCCUGCUACUAUGGGGGCAAUGCCUAUGCCCAUCUAGUGCAGGCCCAGAAAUUACUGAAGGAUCAGUCCAACCCGCUGCUCAGGACCGAGCUGGGUGAUCUCUUGGAGCUCUGCAAGACCCAAGAGACCUAUGAUGAGCACUUCCGCGCCUAUGCGUUGUCGUCUGAGUCUUCACACUGCCGGCAGCGUUUUGCUGCGAGGGGCCGUAGCGUCGAAGCCAUGCGGCUGUUUGCGACGCCACUUAUGGGCAGGUACCUGGAGCAGGCCAAGAAGUUCCACAAGGACCCGAUGAUGCCACUGCCGUCGGUGGACGACGACGUCAAGGAGGAAAUCCGUAAUCUUUCGGUUAAUGUCAAAACUAGGGGAGAAGAGCUGCAGAGACUGAGCUUUUACGUGAAGAACUAAUUAGGCUAAGGAGGCCUGCUGUUCUCGAGCUGAAUAUGUGAGUGUAUACGAACUGAAUACAUUAUCUGCGCAAAUAUUACAGGUAAUCACACUUCAGGGAGUAGAUAGUAACACCGUAUAGCUUCAACUAUUUUCUGUUGUCUAGCUGCAAGGACUCCAUAUCAAUCAUUUGCAAAAUAAAAAAUAAAAAAUUAGAGCAUCUCAAUUUUUUGA